AUGAGUACACUCAGGAUACUUAAUGUGAGGAAAAACAACAUUGCUGGAACUAUUACUAUUCCUGAAAAAUGUGACUCAUUAGAAACUCUAGACCUCAGCCAAAAUCAGAUCAGAGGUCAGUUACCAAAGUCUCUAGCCAUGUGCAGAAGGUUAAGAUUUUUAAACCUUGAAGAGAAUCAGAUAACAGACACCUUCCCAUGCUUGUUGAAGAACGUCUCCACCUUGAGCGUUCUUGCUUUGCGGUCCAACAAUUUCUAUGGAGGCAUUGGAUGUCCAGUAGUGAAGACCAAUGGCACCUGGCCCGUUCUUCAAAUCAUAGACUUAGCAUACAACAAUUUCAAUGGUGAAGUACCGGGAUUCUCUCUGACAUCAUGGCAAGCAAUGAAAGAUAACAAAGAUAUUGGUUUCCCGUCGACAGUCAGUGUUUUUCAAGGUGAAAACCUUCAUGGAGGAGGGGGUGAAUUUUUUUAUGAGCAUGCUAUAACGAUUACAAGCAAAGGUUUAAAGAGUGAUCUGGCAAAGAUUCUUACUAUCUUGACCUUGAUUGACUUCUCAUGCAACAAUUUCAGUGGGCCAAUACCCAAGGAAAUGGGAGAUUUGAAAUCACUAUAUUUGCUCAACUUGUCGAGUAACGCUUUCACAGGUGAAAUCCCAUCAUCAUUUGGUAACAUGCGACAACUCGAGUCUUUGGACCUGUCACAAAACAAGCUGAGCGGGCAAAUCCCACAACAACUGGCAAAGCUUAAUUUCCUUGCAUUCUUGAAUCUUUCAAAUAAUCAACUUGCCGGCAAGAUCCCAGCUGGUACUCAAAUUUCAACAUUUCCAAGAGACUCAUUUACAGGGAACAAAGAGUUAUGGGGGCCUCCAUUGACGGUAGAUAACAAGGCAGGACUGUCACCACCACCAACAUUUAACGGAAGCCAUCCAAAUUCUACAAAUGAGAUUGAUUGGGAUCUUAUUAGUAUCGAAAUUGGAUUUGCAUUUGGCUUUGCAGUUGCUGUUGGGUCACUUGUGUUCUUCAAAAGAUGGAGUAAAUGGUAUUACAGGACUAUGUAUAAAAUCCUUGUGAAGAUAUUCCCUCAACUUGAAGAAAGAAUUGGUCCUCAUCGAAGACAUGUUCACAUAAAUCAGAGGUGGAGACGUUGA